AUGCUAUACAAUUGCUUGAAGAUGGGCAGGCCGACAAUCAACGGCAAUUUGCAAAUGUGGCAUCCCUCAAGCAGCACUCCAGCACUCAGAAAGAUCUGGACACUCGUACUUUUCCUCCUCUGCUGCUUCAUCUUCUACGUCGGCCGCACACAUCUCUCCGGCCCUCGUCGACCAUGGUUCGAUCACGCAGAUAUAAUUCCUCACAAGAUGUGGCAAUCAUGGAAAGUGGACGCCUUGAGCUUUGAAGACCGAGACUCCGAACGAGCACGAGCAUGGACGGCAAAGAAUCCCGAUUGGCGGUACGAGGUCCUCACCGACGGUAAUGCCGUUGCGUACGUCGAGCAACAUUUUGGUCCCAAAGGAUUCGGCCGGCCAGACAUUGUGAAAAUCUUCAAAGCUCUCGACGGUCGUCUCAAGAUUAUCCAAGCGGACCUCCUCCGCUACCUCAUCAUGUAUGUGGAAGGUGGACUCUGGGCAGACAUCGACGCGGAAGCUUUAUCUCCCAUUUCCAGAUUCAUACCUUCGCGAUUCGAGGAGAGCUCCGUGGACAUGAUCAUCGGUAUUGAAACCGACGAGCCAGACUUCCUCACGCAUCCCAUACUCGGCUCCAAAGCCCAGUCCUUCUGCCAAUGGACCUUCCUCACCAAGCCAGGCCACCCAGCAAUGCUCACCCUGGUCGAAGACAUCCUUCAAUGGCUCAAGCGCCUCUCCACAGAAUCCGGCAAAGCCAUCGCAGACCUCGAUCUCGACUUCGACCAAGUCCUGUCCGGCACCGGACCAUCGGCCUUCACCCACGCCAUCCUAGCCCACAUGUCCGCCACAAUCGGCCGGGAAGUGACGUGGUCAGAGAACUUCCACGACAUGUCCGACAGCACACUCGUAGGCGGCACGCUGGUACUGCCUGCGGAGGCCUUCGCCGCUGGGACUGGCCACUCACGGAGCGGCACACACUCCGGUUCUCGGGCCUUGGUGAAGCAUCACUUCCACGCUUCCGGAUGGACGUCCAAGCACCCACGGCGUAAGCACCCGGUCUAUGGCGAGGUGGAGCGAUGUAAUUGGAACAAGGCCUGUGUAGAAUUGUGGGACGAGAAUGUUGGUGCUUUCUCGAAGCUGUCGCAGCAGCAGCAGAGCGAGAUGAUUCGGACGACGCAGGCGAGAGAUGCGUGA